AUGAUACCCCGCAUUGUGGCUGUCUCGUUGCAACAUCUAUCUUUUUUCGACGACGACUUUACCGCAUUAUUUGCCGACCUCGGCGCUCAGGCUGAUAUCCAAUGGGGUAAGGAGCCAGCUGCCGCCCUCGAUUUGCUGCAGCAAAACCCAGCACCGAGUGCUGUGCUCAUUACCGACGCUACCCUCACCCAACGCUCUUCACACAUACACGUGUGGUAUGCGAUACUAUCUUACGUUCGCCAGGGUGGAACCGCCAUUGCUAUGGGCGAUUUCAGCAGCUUUGCCAAACCCAACGAUAUCGGGCCUUUUUUUGCCAGGGCUGGCUUGACCUGGCAGGCUGGUGCUUACCAUCGCACUGACGUCGCGCUCAAUUCUGAACUGGCUACCACUCUGGUACCAGACCUCUCCACUCGAUUCAGUAUGAAGGCUCUGUUCCUUAAGGGCGUGGAACCAGCAGCAGUUCUCUAUGGCCCCGACCAGAGAUCUUUCACACAGUCAGUUGUGUUCCCUUCUGAGAAGGUUCAAGACUUGACGGAGGCAGCAAUCGCAUUUGCGCAAGUUGGUGAUGGUAAGGUCGGAUACGUAGGAGAUGUAAAUCGGGAAAGGGAGACAGAUGCUGCUAUUGUAGCUAUGUGUCUACGUGCUAGACCCAAUGCGUCAUUGGCAUAA